CGUCUAUCAAUUGCUAUCAAUCUUCUGUGGUGUGUGUUAUUAGCCACGUAUUUUUAUUUAUUAAAGCAUAAACGAAGGAAAACAUUGAAUAAAAUGGAAGGGCACCUGUUUGAGCCAAGUUUGUACACAGUGAAAGGUAUUGCUAUCCUGGAUAAUGAUGGCAAUAGGAUAUUAGCUAAAUACUACGACAAAAAUAUAUUCCCAACACCGAAAGAGCAAAAGGCUUUUGAAAAGAACCUCUUCAGUAAGACACAUAGGGCUAAUGCUGAGAUCAUAAUGCUUGAUGGAUUGACCUGCAUCUAUAAAAGUAAUGUUGAUUUGUUCUUCUAUGUUAUGGGCAGCUCACAUGAGAAUGAAUUGAUUUUAAUGAGCGUGCUGAACUGCUUGUAUGAUUCUGUGAGUCAAAUCCUUAGGAAAAAUGUUGAGAGAAGGGCAGUGUUGGAGUCAUUGGAUAUAGUAAUGUUGACACUAGAUGAGAUUUGCGAUGGUGGAAUCAUAAUAGAUGCUGAUCCCAACUCAGUGGUGUCCAGAGUGGCCCUAAGAACAGAUGACAUUCCACUUGGGGAACAAACAGUUGCUCAGGUUCUCCUCACAGCUAAAGAGCAACUGAAAUGGUCCCUGCUCAAGUAACUGUAAGAUAUUACCACAUAUGAUAAUAAAUAUAUAUAUAUAUAA